UUUGACGGAUCCGUUGCACGUGCUACUGUUUGUAAACAGAAAAUCGCAUCCAAAAUCUCCAAAAUCGGUCAGAUCGUAUUUUUCUCGUUCGGUUCGCUCGUAGUUUCGUGGAAUUUUAGUUGUAAAAGUGGUCUCUAAUCGUGUUAAGUGCAACAAUUUAGGUAAAACUAUCAUUCUGCAAUCAUGGGCAAGAGACGCUUCAACGAAAAAGGGCGACAACAGUUGGAAACCGUAAUCGACGACACCGCAACCAAACAGAUAAAACUGGAUUUCACCGCACAAGAGGAUGGCUACGGUGGACCGGAUGAAGCCAACAUGUUGGUUCUCCCGUCGCAAAAGCGGCCGACCAAAAUCAAACAGGACAAAACGGCCGUUACGAAAAUCCUGUCCAAGAAGCAGCGCAAACGUCUGGAGAAGAUUGUCGACCAAAAACGGAAGAAGGAGAACCGUUCGACGUUGAUAAGCGCCCUGGCCGAAGUGCAGGUUUCGUCGGAGGAACUGAAAAGUUACACAAAAAUCAGCACGGUUCAAACGAAAGGCUUGAAGCAACUGUUCAAGGAGCAAAAGCACGGAGUUGUCGUGGACCAGCCAGCCGGUGAGAUCGACUCCCCGCAGGAUGGCCACAGGAAGCUGAAAAGUUUGGUCGGGAUGCGGAAGCAACGUUUGGCACUGUUGCGGGCCCAGCAGGGAAGCCAAGAUGAUGACGAAGGGCAACAGGGGGAAGGUAAAAAGGAUUUAAACACCAUCGGUCUAGAGAAAGAGAGUUCGUCUUCCGAGGAAGAGUCCGAUUCCGAUCACAGCGGUGAGGAGUCUGUAGUUGAGGAUGAUAAGCUUUGUGAGGAAGACAUGGGUCUUGAAACGAAGGAAUCAGCGGAAGAAGUUAUUGACGAUUCAGUUUCUCCUCCAAUAGAGAUGCCACCGAAGAGUGAAAAUUUGAUUAAAUCUGAUAAAGUAGAAGAAACUAAGAAUAAAGUUGUGGACAGGAAGCCGGUGACCUAUGUUCACGUGGAACGUGAUCCGAAGAUUCAGGCUGCGCGCCUAAAACUUCCUAUUCUGGCCGAAGAGCAGAUCAUAAUGGAAACGAUAAGCGAGAACUCGAUCGUGAUCCUUGCCGGAGAAACUGGCAGCGGUAAGACGACUCAAGUGCCUCAGUUUUUGUACGAAGCGGGAUAUGCUAAUCCGGAUCGUGGUCUGAUUGCGAUAACGGAACCUCGGCGCGUCGCUGCCAUCUCAAUGUCUAAGCGAGUGGCAACCGAAAUGAACCUGUCGACCGAGGUGGUGUCCUAUCUGAUUCGGUUCGAAGGCAACGUGACGGAUCGCACCCAGAUCAAGUUCGUAACCGAUGGUGUGCUGCUCAAAGAAAUAGAAAACGAUUUCCUGCUCUCGCAAUAUUCGGUGAUCAUCCUAGACGAAGCGCACGAGCGAAGUGUCUACACAGAUAUUCUAGUGGGAUUGCUUUCACGGAUUGUAAUCCUGCGUGCCAAGAAGAAUAAGCCAUUGAAGUUGAUCAUCAUGUCUGCCACGAUGCGGGUGAAGGACUUCACGGAAAAUCGUACCCUUUUCAGCAGGGUUCCUCCGGUGAUCAAUGUGGAGUCGCGGCAGUUUCCCGUGACCGUUCAUUUCAGCAAAACGACGGCCAGUGACUACGUUCGGGAAGCUUAUUUGAAGACGGUCAAAAUCCACACCAAACUGCCGGAGGGCGGAAUGCUCAUUUUUCUCACCGGUCAGAAGGAGGUCAACCACGUGGUGAAAAAAUUGCGCAAGGCGUUCCCAUACAAGGGAAAUAGUUUGCCGGUGGAGAAACCUUCCGGCGAAUCGUCAGUCGUCGCUGGUGAGGAUUCCGAUGAUGACGACAAACAGCUGGAGCUGAUGGUUAACACGAAAAAAGCUGCCAAAAUGGAGAAGAAGAAAAAGAAGGUGAAACAACAGCAAGCUGAAACGGUACGAGUGGAACUGCCGAAGAUAAAUCUGGACAACUACCAGCUUCCAUGGGACGAUGCCGAAGCAGAUCAACGUGAAGAUGACGAAGAUGCUGACCUCAAUGGCAACAGCGACGACGAGCUGACUGAUUUGGAGUCCGAUUUCGAUGAGGACUUGAAUACAUCAGAGCUGAACAAGAACCAACCUUUAUGGGUUUUGCCACUGUAUUCUAUACUGUCCUCGGAGAAGCAGCAGAGGGUUUUCGAAGAACCACCGGAAGGAACGCGACUUUGUGUUGUGGCAACCAACGUUGCCGAAACUUCCCUUACCAUACCCGGGAUCAAGUAUGUCGUAGACUGUGGUAGACAAAAGACCAAAUUGUACGACAAGGUCACUGGAGUGACGGCCUUCGUGGUAACCUACAUAAGCAAGGCAUCGGCCAAUCAGCGUGCCGGUCGAGCCGGCAGAGUGUCCGCCGGCCAUUGCUAUAGACUGUACUCUAGUGCCGUAUUCAACGAUGAGUUUUUGGAAUUUUCUCAACCGGAGAUUCAGAAGAAGCCGGUCGACGACUUGAUGCUACAGAUGAAAUGCAUGGGAAUUGAUAAGGUCGUUAAUUUCCCGUUCCCUUCGCCGCCGGAUCGCACACAGCUGGAAGUGGCAGAAAAACGGCUCAUCAUGAUGGAUGCCUUGCAAGAGAGUAUCGUAAAUAACAAGAACAAGUCUCAAACUCUCAGUCGCAUUACCAAGCUUGGUAAAACGAUUGCCGCGUUCCCAGUUGCUCCUCGAUUUGGCAAGAUGUUGGCCCUCAGUCAUCAGCACGAUUUACUCCCGUACGCAAUAUGCAUGGUGGCUGCUCUGUCCGUGCAGGAAAUAUUCCAGGAGGUGUCCUUAUCGGAAGAUUCGACAGAUCACCAGAAGUGGCGCACGAAAAGGAAAGCCUGGGCUGGAACUGGGCAUUCCCUUAUGCUUGGAGACCCUAUGAUUCUGCUUCGUGCCGUCGGAGCAGCUGAGUACGCUAACAGCAAAGGUCGUCUGGCGGAAUUUUGCGAGGAAAAUGGCAUUCGACUGAAAGCUGUAAAGGAAAUCCGUAAGCUGCGAGUUCAACUUACCAACGAGGUAAAUGCCAAUCUUAAAGAUCUAAAUCUAACCGUAAAUCCGGCCAUGCCACCACCAACCGACAUUCAAGCGAAGCUGUUGCGUCAAUUGAUGCUGAUUGGCAUGGCUGACCAAAUUGCCCGCAAAGUACCGGAGUCCGAAAUUAAGCUUAAGGCCGAUCGUAUCAAAUACAAGCACGCCUACAAUCUACCCAACAUGGAGGACCCCGUCUUUAUGCAUUCGAGUUCCGUACUGCGCAAACGGGAUCCCGAGUGGGUGUGCUUCCAAGAGGCGUACGAAACGGUGGAAGGUGGCAAUGCCAAAAUGUUCAUUCGCGGCAUCACGGCCAUCGAACCGGAAUGGUUGGUACAGCUGAUACCCAAGUACUGCAACAUUGUUCGCGUGUUGGACGAACCCGAACCGGCGUACCGUUUGGACGAAGAUACCAUCGUUUGUUGGGUGCAAGCUACGAUUGGCAAGGCCGGAUGGCAACUGCCACCGGCGGAGGUGGACAUGCCCAAGGAUACUUCCCGCUGCCAAUACUUCACCAAAUUCCUGCUCGCCGGGGUAGUUUAUCCAAAACUGAAGCAGUUCAGAAAAUCGCUGCUUUCCUCACCCGAAUCAGUACUGAAGUCGUUUUCGUCGUCAAUUCCGCGAAUUACCACCUUUGUGAGAACGCUCCAGCAAAACGAAGUUUACGACCGAAGUCGCCUGGAAGAGCUAUGGAAGACGGAUAAGAACUUUCUACUUUCAGAGUACCAGCAAUUUUUGCCCAUAUCCUGUCAUGCGGAUGUUGAGAAACUUUGGCCUCCCGUUGAUUGAAAGGUAACUUUAUUAUGUUUUAUGUACAUAAAUGUUUCAGUACGACACGUGAAAA